CAUUUUAGAUAUAGUUUUCAUUUCAUGGCCUCCAUUAUCACCACAACCACAGCUAAGUGCCAACCCUUUUCUUGUUUGGCGCAAUUCGCGCUCCUUUUAUCAAUUUCAAUGCCCAUAUUUUUCAUCUUCUUUCCUUCUUAUACUCAUUUCUUUUCCUUUUUCUCAGGAGAUCAAUCUGCUUUCAACAAGGGUCUUUUGGAACCACUUGUCCUACAAUUAAUUAGCAAUAUAUUAUUAUAUGGCAACAAAAGCAAAGGAUAAUAACAAUGCUCCGAAGAAAGAGAAGAAGGUUGCACCUUCAAAUUCUCAUCACACCAACCAGAAACAAGCAAAUCCCAAAUCAGCCGCCGAAAGCUCCACUGAUAAAAGCAAAUCAACCCCAUCAAGCAACCAAGUUCCAAACUAUCUCAAGCCUACUUUUAGCUCAAGGUCAGAGUCCUUAAAUCCUGUCAGGAAAACUAUCAAUGAAGAUGCCACCCAAAAGCUUCUUAGAAGAAGAUCCUUCGAUAGGCCUCCAUCAGCUGCUCGUACACAAAGGUCACUCAUCUCUCCUGACCCUAAAGAGAGAUUGGCUUCUCGGGAUAGACCAAUGGCAAUCCGAUCUUCCUCUUUUUCAGCAUCAAAAACGCCCUCUUCAACCAAACCUGUUUUGGAAAGGAAUUCCAAGUCACUUAAGCCUAUAAGAUCUCAGACAACCACUUCAGGGACCAUAAAGAGGAGCUCAAGCUUAUCGAGGAGUUCAAAUCUAUCCAAAAAUAGGAGCAAUGCUUCUCGUUCAUCGAAGGUUCCAAACAGUCAUGAUAGCACUCAAACUUCGGAUCUUGAAAACAAGCAAGAAAGAUAUGAAGCAUCUUUGGUUCAAGAACAUGAAGUCCAGACAGCGAAUGUUGAGAGGGAAGUACAAGUCCCUAGUGAUACGCCAAAAGCUGAAAGGAAGGAAGACAUAGAUGCUGCACAAGAUACUCAAGUUAAAGAAAGAGAAGAGGAGAAGGUAAAGUCUCCUGAAGUUUCCACAGUUGUAUCCAAGACAGCCCAGGCUGAGGACAUUGAAAGUGAAUUGCAUGAACAUCAUGAAGAUGAAAAUAAACAAGAGGGAGAAGAAAAUCACAGAAGCGAUAAUCACCCUGAAGAGUGUUUUGAAGAUGAUGCUUCAAUUGAAAGUGAUGAAGACAAAGGAGAAGAAGAGAAUGCAAACGAAAAGGCAGCUUGUACUUCUGAAGAACAUGUAGAUGAAAAGGAGGAGCAAGAAAUAACAGACCAAGGUACUGGAAAUGAAAGAAGCGUGGAACUUAAGUCCAAGGAAGGAGAAGACGUGGUGGAGGGUGUUGAAGAAGAAGAAAAUCAGGAGGUGGCUAAUGCAACGCAAAAGCGGCAAGGGGGACAAGGGAAGAAGGAAGCUCCAGCAGCAUACAAUGAUGUGAUUGAGGAGACAAAGAAUAAGCUACUUGAGAAGAGGAAGAACAAGGUGAAAGCACUAGUUGGGGCAUUUGAGACCGUCAUAGAUUAUGAAACUGCAGGUUCUAAUAAAUGAUAAAACAUCAAUUUUCGAUCAAAUUGAAGCCUUCAAGAAUGAUCUUUGUGAUCCUAGGACGAUGGCAUUGUAAUUUAUUCAAGGGUUUUUUAAUUUUUCCUUCAAGUUUGUGGAUACUCUCUUGUAUUAACUGUUUGGACUGGAUGAAGUAUAUCCACAUCAUAUAAACACACUUCCCUUUUGUCUUUUAUGCUCUUUUUGUGAAUAGAUAACGAUGAUUAUACUUUGUGAAAA